AUGAAUAACAAUUGUUCUUUUGUACCUCCUUUCCAUGUUGUUAAGAAUAUUUAUACAAAUGCUAAAACAAAGUUUUUUCUUAUUAAAAGUUGCUCUGAAAAAAAUAUAUGUAUUUCGUUAAAUUAUAAUAUAUGGGCAACAACACCAAAAAAUGAAAAAAAAUUCGUUAAUGCUUUUAUGGAACAUGAAUACGUUAUUUUAAUAUUCUCUGUUAAUGGAAGCUCAAAAUUUUGUGGUUAUGCUAUUAUGCAAUCAAAACCAGGAGAAUCAAAAAAUAAGAAUGUAUAUUUUUAUUAUGAUAAUAAAAUAUUUAGAGGAAAAAACUUUGAUAUUCAAUGGAUAAGAGUAGUAGACGUGCAUUUUCAAGAAGUGUCUAAUUUAAAAAAUAGUUUAAAUGAAAAUAAACCAAUCAAAGUAGGAAGAGAUGGUCAGGAAAUUGAACAAAGUGCAGGAGUUAAAUUAUGUGAAAUAUUUGAAUCUAAUUUUGUUAAAAUGAAUAUCUUAGCAGAUACAAACCAAAAAAAAAAACCACCAACAAUAUACGAUAUAAAUACGAAUAAUUCAUUAGGAAAUAAUAUGGAUAAAAAUAAAGAAAUAAUAAAUCUAUAUUCUUUAAAUAAUAAUUUUAACAUGAAUUAUAAUACUUUUCGUAAUUUAUAUGAAGAAUCACAAUAUAAUUUAUUUAAUUUUUAUAAUCCAUCAUUACAUAUAUUCCCAAUAGAUUUGACAAAUAUGAAUUAUGACGAAUAUAUUUAUUUAUAUGAAAAAUCACAAUUAUUAUGGCAACAAAAAAUGCUACAAAUGAAAUCAAAUUUUAAUUGCAUUAAACAGUAA